GUGAACUCUCGUGAAAAGUUAGCACAAGUGGAAAGUGUUCCUUGUUAUUUGCAGUUCAAUUACUCUGACAUACGUAUCUACUACUGCAAAGGAAAAGGGUCAAACCAAAGGUCUUGUUAAAAAGGGAAAGCUACAUCAAUCGCACAGGUUUCACUACUAUCGAUCCCGCAUGCCAUUUAUCUCCAUGGAAAUAUAAUUUGGACGAAUGUUGUCAUUAUCAAAAAAUAGGUGUUGCCCAUGAAGUUAUGGUUAUUAGAAUAUCUUCGGAAAAAGCAAUGAAAUGCAGUUGAUGACUCAACCUAGAUUAGGUAUUAUAAAUAAAGAAUGGAUUCAACAUCUGACAAUAAGCAGAGGGAUGAAACUAAUGAUCUUGAUGGAACGAAAGAUGUAAAUACAAGCGUCACAUCUCUUCAGGCAAAACUUUUCACUCCGUUACCGACGCUUUCCACUAGUUAUUUUGCUAACUUUCUGUUAAAACAUUCUACCGAAGACGAAACCAAAUUCAAGACGAGAGAACCACCCAAGGAUUGGUGGAUAAACAAAGAACCGCCGUUUGAUUUCCAGCCUCCCCGAUGGCCCACCGAGUGUCAGGUUUUGGAGGAGCGCGUUUAUCACAUUGUCGAUUCACCGCCGACAAAUGAGCUCUAUUAUGUCCCAACGGGCUCCGAAUGCCAGCCCGCCCCGUCCGGCGAAGAAUGCGGAAAAGUCGUUUUCCAAUAUACUCCUCUUAGCGCUGUGAACUAUUUUUGCAGAUCUAGUGUCGGAGGAAACAAAUUUUUACUGCCAUCUAGUCACUGUCCAGGGGACGAAACGCUAAAAUUCGAAUCUAGAUUUGAGUCGGGAAAUCUAGCGAAAGCCAUUAUGAUUACGCCUACUUAUUACGAACUGCAUCUUAGAUCUGACUUAUAUACGAACAGACAUAUGCAAUGGUACUACUUUAGAGUUAGUAACGUUAAAAAAGGAAAUUUAUACAGAUUUUCCAUCACGAAUUGCUCCAAAGAAAGUAGCUUAUACAACGAAGGAAUGAGACCGUUAAUGUAUUCAACCAAGGAAUCGACCAUUCACAAUAUUGGGUGGCGUCGAUGCGGAACAAACAUUUCGUACUAUUGCAACGAAAAUAUAACAUCAACUUUGGAACCAGACCAUCCAAUGACUUACACUCUAACAUUCACAAUACGUUUUCCUCACGAUAACGACGAAGUCUAUUUAGCUCACAGCUACCCUUAUACAUAUUCGGAUCUGCAAGAUUACCUUCUGGAAAUGUCCACGCAUCCAGUCAAAUCGACGUUCACCAGCAUCAGGCCCUUGUGCAAGAGCUUGGCUGGUAAUAACGUUCAAUACGUUACCAUAACCACUCCGCCCGCAGCAGGAGCGCCUGUUAAGAAGAAGAAAGCCAUAGUGUUAACGGCUAGAGUACAUCCCGGAGAAACGCCAUCGUCUUGGAUAAUGAAAGGCAUUUUGGAUUUUCUAUCGAGCGACACAGGACCCGCCAAAGAAUUACGAGAUAAGUUCAUUUUUAAAAUAGUGCCAAUGUUAAACCCAGAUGGUGUUAUAGUAGGAAACAAUCGUUGUUCAUUAUCUGCCAAAGACCUUAACAGGCAAUAUAGGACUGUCAUUAGAGACGCUUACCCUUCGAUAUGGUACACCAAGUUAAUGGUUAGAAGACUACUUGAAGAAUGUGGUGUAGCUAUGUAUUGUGAUAUUCACGCCCACUCCAGAAAGCACAACAUCUUUAUAUACGGUUGUGAGAAUAGACGAGGUAAUGAGCGGAAACUUCACGAACAAGUUUUUCCUUUAAUGCUUCAUAAAAAUGCAGCUGAUAAAUUUUCAUUCGAAAGUUGUAAGUUCAAAGUCCAAAAGAAUAAAGAAGGUACUGGGAGAGUGGUGAUGUGGAUGAUGGGAAUAGCAAACAGUUACACGUUGGAAACAUCUCUCGCCGGUUCCACAUUGAGCCACAGGGCCUACACUCACUUUACCAUACAAGACUACGAACAAAUGGGCAAGACCUUCUGCCAAACUCUUUUGGACUUCUACGACGAAGAUCCCAAAAAGGAAAAACUACGAAUGAAAAUCGUAGAGAGAUUGGUUAAAGAAGGAUCGAACGCAGACGAACCGAUGAAUAUCACAUUAAGCGACUAUUCAAGUGACAAUGGUGAUACAUCGAAUAGUAGCGACGAAGUCGGGCGUGAUUAUGGUGAAGAUAUUGAAACGCCGUUGGUUCCGCCGUGUUCGCCGAUUUUCUUAAAAAGAACUAAAUCGAAAACUUCUUCCGGAAAAGUCAAAUAUUCGAUGGCUAAAAGCCCGUCUGUUUCCAGGAGACCGUUGCCUAUUUGUAAAGCUACAUUGAAACUGUCUCUAUCGGAUAAAGAAAGUAGUGUUUCGUGUUCAUCUUUCAGUGAUUCUGAUACGGACAAAGCGACAAAAACAAAAAUAAUUAAAAGGCGUAAGAAGAAAAAGUAUUCGAGAAAGAAAAAGAAAAGUAGAGAAUCACUGGAUGAAGAUAGAAUUAUUGUUAUAUCAGUAAAGAGUAUAGGCGAUCGUUCAGACAGAGAAAUUCACCAUAACAGAAGAACCAUUUCUGUAUUUGAUUUGUUACCUGCAGAUACAUUAAACAAUGAAAGUUUAGCAUCCGUGCCCAGAUUCAAAACUUCACAGGCUUUAAGACAUGUGGAGAAAAAGGACGAUAUUCAUAAACAACUAGCCGAGGUUCAAGCAAAACUAUUCACUUUGAAACACAAGUUGUGGUUCGGUGUUGGCAAUGGUGAUACUCCAAUAGCUUGGAGCAAAAGGACAGUUGAUUGCCAGAAAAAAAUGUCUCAAAAAGAAAUGAAAAAGCAGAGCACGAAAUCUAAAAAAUCUCAGAAGGUAGAAAAGAAGUUGACCAUCAAAGACCCGAAAGAUAGCGACACCAAAGAAAAGUCAACGGUGAAUGGACCAAAACCAAAAGCAGUUUGCGACUUCACUCAACAAAAAAGUCAAACAGAAAAAUCAAAACUUCGGAAAUCGAAGAGUCUGCCGGACACUUCUUCUCUAUCGCUGAUGACGAAGCAGAAGUCCUUUAACUACGAAGAUGAUAGGGAGAAGAAGAAGAAAAAGAAGCUCGUUAAGAAAGUGAAAUCCAUAACUAACGCCAAGGCGUUUACAACGAGUAAAAAGACUGAAUAAAUACCCAAUAAUUUAGUGUACGCGCGAGUGGCCUUUAUAUUGCGAUUCAUUAGUAAAAUUUAAUCAUAAAUCAAUUGUACUGCCGGUAGAUGUGAUACUUAUUGUAUUGAAUACAUAAAUAUAUGCGUAUUGA